GCUCAUCCCACCCAUCCCUCCACGUCCCCAUGGCCCCGCUCGACCUCACGCGCGACUGGCUCAAGGGCGUCCUCAGGCCGUACCCAGCGCGGGACGUCAUCCUGCCCGAGGUGCUCGGCGUGCUGGGCCAAUGGCGCACGCUCGCGGUCAAGACUGAUGCGUUUACCUUCGACUCGGGCCAGACAGCCCUCUUGGUGCUGCUGCACGGCACCCUGCCGAUCACGUACCGCGGCGCGACGUACCACAUCCCCCUGCACAUCUGGCUGCCGCACGAGUAUCCGCGCGCGCCGCCGCUCGCGUUCGUCGUGCCGACCAAGGACAUGGGCGUGCGGAAGGGACGCGAGGUACAGCCUGGGGGCCAGAUAGACGAGGGGGUGUUGGGCGGUUGGUGGGCGAGCUGGCCGGCCGCCGAACGCACGCUGCCGACACUCCUGCGCAAACUCGCCGAAGUCUUCUCUGUCGUGCCGCCAGUGUACGCCAAGCCGCCCGAGGCCGCACGCGUGGCUUCGCCAGCAGCAGCGUCGCCGACAAGCGCGCAUCAGCCAGGCCCGCCCCCGCCAGCGCCGUCCCGGCCGUUCAGCAACGGCGACCCGCUACCGCAGUACCGCCCCGCGCCGAGCCCGCCAACAGCGGCAGCCUCCACGCCGCCGCCGGUCCCGUCGCGGCAGGCGUCGGCGGCGUACCCGCAGUCGCCGGUCCGCUCGUCCUCCUCCCCCGCACCCGCGCCGCCCCAGUCGCCGCCGGUUCCCCUCCGCCCGGGCCAGCAGCCGCCCGUGCCCCACCGUCCGGUCUUCCCGCCGCCUGUCCUCGACACGACGGGGUACAACAGCUCGGCGAGCCCGCAGCCGCUGUCCCCUGCGCACGCUGGGCCGAGCUGGCACCCGCACCCGCACCCGGGGCAGCAGUACGCUCCUGUUCCUGCUCCUGGUCCUCCGGCGCCGUUCCAGCAGCAGUGGGUUCCGCCGGGACAGCAGCAGCAGUACGCGCCGCCGCCGCCGCAACAUGCCGGGCCACCACCACCGCGGGCAUACUACGCGCAGCCGGCCCCACCGGUCCCAGCACAGGCUCCAGCACCACCACCACUGCCUCCGCAACAAGCUCCACCACCACCGCCGGCCGCGACCCGCGCGCCAGACCUCCUCUCGUCGCCAGAGAUCGGCACGACCCCGCUCCCAGACGCAGGCGACGUGCCACCCCCGGCACCAUCAAAGCCCCCGCCGCCGUCCCUCCUCCACCUGCACUCGAUCCUCCUGCCGCACCUGCACGCCAGUCUCCCGCCGCUCCUCCACUCGCUCGAGCACUCGCGCGCGCAGCUGCGCGAGCGCGGCGAGGACCUGGCGUCGGGCGAGCCGGCGAUCCGCGACGAGAUGGCCCGCCUCGAGGCCGUCAAGAAGGUGUGCGAUGCGGUAGGGAAGAAGGUCGGCGACGUGGUCGAGCGGGGCGGCGCGCGCGUGGCCGAGCUCGAGGCCAAGGGGGACCCGAGCGUCGACGAGGUCGUGGUGGGCAUUAGUAUCGUGCAUAACCAGCUUAUCGACCUCGUCGCCGAGGACAACGCGCUCGAAGACACAAUCUACCACCUGACGCGCGCGCUCGACGCCGAGCGCAUAGACCUCGACCGAUACCUCAAGGCCGUGCGCUCGCUCGCGCGCGAGCAGUACAUGAAGCGGGCGCUGAUUGAGCGUAUUCUGCAGGGCCUGGGACAGAAGGUCGAGUGGUGAGAGAGAGAGCG